AUUUGUUUUUAAAUUAGAAGUUUGGUUAGGAAUUCAAAAAUUAAAAACCGGGUUUUGUUUUUUGUGUGUAGUAAAGUGGCGGCCAGGGUUCUCUAUGACCCUUUGUAACACUGAGUAUGAUUUAUCCAUAAGACAACUUGCUCGAUAGCGCAAUAUGGAUCCUUAUUUUACGGCAGAAUUAACCGAUUUCAAAAUAGUGGUGAACGUUCUAAAAGCAAUUACAUUUAAAGAGUUUGCGAUACUUCGACCAAUGGAAGAAGGAUUAAAAGUAACAGUUGAUGAAAUGAAAUGUGUAGAGACCUCUGCGUAUAUUCCCCAUACCAUGUUUACUUCGUACCAUGUAAAUCCACAAGAAGAUAUCAAAUUUAAAAUAAGCUUAAAAGUCCUAACAGAUUGCCUUUAUAUAUAUGGAGACGAUGGAAAUCCAUGUCUUAAAAUGACCUACAAAGGACCAGGUUCCCCAUUAUCACUUCUCAUCAAACAUAACGACGAUAUAAAAGUAGACUGUAAAAUCUAUACAUUGGACAUUAAAGAUUCGACUGAUUUCUUAAGCCUGGCAGAUGAAUGUACUCUAAAUAAAAUAGUCGUAAAUGCCAACCAGUUUGUUGAUAUAUUAUCGUAUUUGGACAAUGCUUCAGAUGAGCUACAGUUAGAUAUAUGUCCCAGUCCCCCACAUUUAACAAUAUCGACUGUUAGUGCAAUGGGCGAGUCACAAGCGGAUAUAUCUAGAAACUCUGAAAUGGUUCUUUUAUUUCAGUGUGAUAAAACCUUUUCUGCAAGGUAUACAUUCGGUUACAUUAAGCAGAUAUUUAAAGUAAUGAGCUUAGCUAAUAAAAUAUCCAUAUCAACAGGUGAAAGUGGAUUAUUGGGUCUUCAGCUUGUAAUUAAUGAAGAUACCAGGCCAUUGUAUGUUGAAUAUUACGUAUCUGCUAUGUUUGAAAGUGAUUAAACUUGAUCUUAUAUGUUUGUA